AUGCUAACGAAAGUCACGAAACUGAACGCGAUUCGCGAAGAACGCCGGAUAUCUGAUGCCGCGCAGGAUGCCACGAAGGAUUCUGACGCUCCUGAAAUUUCAGGUGGCAUGGGCAACAGUGACUAUACAACGACAAAAAAUACUCGAGUUGAUACUAUGCUUGUUGAUGUGUUUUAUUUGCUUAGCCUUUUUUUCCUCACGGUCGGACGCAGCCGAGAAUGCCCGGCUAUGUUCAGUCAAAUUGGAUGCAUGAAGCAGCUGUUGGACCACAUGGACGAGUCCGCUGUAUACACGGAGGCAGACCUAACGCCUUUUAUUAGUCGCAUUCAGGAACUACGGGACAUAAUCAAGAACGAUGAGCGGCAAAAUAAGCACCCGCCACAGCUCACAAAGCUUAUGGCGCACAAGCUCGAGGCUUGUCAGCAAGUGGUGAACCGAUUGCAGAAUUCGCUGUCAGUCAUUUCAGUGGAGCUCCUUGCGAUUCACCAAAAACUCGUACAAAUUCGACGGCAGCUCAAUGCAGCCGCUGCGCGUCCAAAGCCACCGAAAGGUGAUGUGAAGCAGCUGCAGGAAGAACUGCGAAAGAUUGAUGCAAAACGUGUCGAUGGCAAGUUUCUUGGUCCUGGUGGAUCAUCGGUACCUGAGGGCCAGGAAAUGCUUGCGGGUCUGUUAGAAAGCUGCUUCGAGCUAAGCAACGACAUUCUUGUGCGCAACAGCACCGUGUCUCCAACCUUGCAGCCUAUCUAUGACCGUUUAUUGGAGACGAAGCAGCAGCUUGAGCAUCUUGAGCAACGGCACCGAUGGAGCUUGCGAGAGACUGAUCUUUGGACGUAUCACCUUACGCUUAAGGAUAUUGAUCGUAUGCGCGUGAAUGGGAAGUUUCUCGAUAGCGAGGGGAGACAGCCUGAGGGACAACUCGUGUUGCUGUAUUUACUUCGCAGGUCCUAUGGUUUAAUCAAUAAGUUGCUUUCUUCAUCGGAGCCACUGUCAGAAGAGCUCAUUCCUGUCUCCGAUAAGCUCUCGACCAUUUCGAAGUGCCUUCGUGAAGUGAGCAAAUAUGGUGGCACAUUUUCCUUGCGUGAUAUGUAUCCAUAUCGACUUGCUUUGCAUCAGAUUGACAGUAUGAGAAAACCUGUGCCGGACAAGGAUGGACAUCCGACUGAUGUGGCGCGAUGGCUUGCGCCUGACGGUACUGUGCCAGAAGGCCAGAGCAUCAUCCAAGCACAGUAUGAAGAGGUGGAGCAAACGAUUGAAGAGUUGUUGAACCGAGAGGAAGAAGACGAGGAAGACAACGAAACGCUGGAUGGAUCUGGCGUGAGCGAGACGCUGGAAUGCGAUACGCUCAGCGAUAGUGAUCGAGUCAUGUCAUCAUCGCAAGUGGUUGAGAGCCAUUCGGGCAACAGUGUUGCUAGUCCAUCGGGCGAACUGGACACUAAACGAGCAACUGGCUAA